GCAAAAUACCAUUAUUGCAAAGCUGAACUUUUUUUAAAAUUUCAAAAUAAACAAACCUUGUUAGUUACGUUUAUAUAUGAACAAAUAAAUUAAAUCGAAGUUGCACCACUUCAAUCCAAUAUUACUUAUAUAAAAUAGUUGUCAUGGGAAUUAUUGAAUUAUUUUAGCAGUGCUUAGAUACCAGAAAACAAUGAAAAGUUCACUUUAUAACUACUUUAUUGUACUACUGCAAUAAAGGAGCUUAAAAAAUGGAUGUUCUGGAAUUUCUGACACGGACCGAUAAGCGCAAUCUGAAAUCUCAAAUAAGCUUUCAGGUGGCGCGAAAGAUGCGCGAAUGGCACGAGGAUGUGGACAACCGCCGUUGGAACCUCAGUCUUCUCCUCCAAAAGGAGGCUUUGGAGGCGGAUGAGCAGAUUGCAGAAAUGCUCCAGGAGCAAGCGGAUGAAGCGGAUCGAAAGCGACACGAGUGGAUCGAAAUGGAGCGGCUGAAGCGAGAGGAGGCCGACAUGGAAUUGGUCAAAGUAAAGAAGCAGCAGAGGGAGAUUGAAAACUCCGAGGCGCAUCGUCACAUGCUAACUAAGGAGAUCCUGUUGGAGUCGAAACAAGCUCAACUCCAUCAAAUCGAGGAGAAAAAGGCGCUGAAACGCCGUCAGGCCUGCGUUGAGAUUCUGUGGCAGCGGGUCUGGCAGAGAUUGGACGAAAGUAAGGCCCAGCAGGAGCAGCAUGAGCUGAAACUGCGGAACUUGAUUGAAAAUAGGUGCCAAGCCCACAACCUGGACACUGAUCGGGAGCAGAAGGCCCAGUUCGCCAAGGAUGUGUUGGCAGACCAGCGGAAAUGUUCCCAGGCCCUGGAACUAGCUGCCGAAAUGGAAGUCCUCAAGAAACAACAAGAUCUCAAGAAGCUGAAAGAUAAACGGCGCCAGCAACUAACUGACUUGCAGGAUCAGAUCAAACAGAAUCUCGCCAUCAGCUCCAAGCAAUCACAGGCUAAUAUCCGCGAGGAUGUGGUCUACAACAUUCUCGAAGAUCGUCAGAUUUACGAAGAGCUCGUGGAGAAGCGUUGCGCCAGGACCCACAAUCGUGACUGGCACCAGCAGUACAUGACGCAUACGGCUGCGGAGCGUGCCGCUCGCAAGGAAGAGGAUCGGAUGCGGGAUCGGAAUUACCUGGGCACUGGUUGUGUGCUCGGCCAGCAGCAGAAGCAGCCAUACGGCAAGGAAGUCCGGUAGUAAAAGUCGUGGACACUUCGACAUCACCAAUCGAUCGAUCAUAUAAUCAUAAAUCACAUUUAUAUAACGAGAAUUUGAUCUUAUUCGGUGUGUCUCAACUUAAUUUUUUUCCACAAUUAGCCACUGACAAAAUUUCAAAGGUUUUUAU